AUGCGUCCCGCUCUCCGUCUCCCCAGCAGCCUCGGCACCCGCCGCCACCUCACUUCACAGACCAUCUCCACUAUCAGAGCAUUCUCAACCUCAUAUCGCCAAGCAAACCGAAACUAUGCCACAGUGACCAGCGGUAGCCCGUCCCUGACGGUCACACAGACGAUCGGCGAAUCGAGUCUGCCCUUUGGCUACGGCAGCUACACUCCUUCAUCAAACAAGGCCCAGGAUACGCCCAUCCACCACAUCCGAAUUCCAGCAUUCGCAAGUCUGACUGCCGAACGCAACUUUCGAAAGUUGCACCAUGCAGCCGGGCUGAGAUGGUUGGGUCACAAUGGCUACAACAACGAGGGCGCCGGCGGACACGUCACAGUCCGGGACCCGAUCCUGACCGACCACAUGUGGAUCAACCCGCACGGCAAGUCCUUCAGCUGGAUGCGGCCCGAAGACCUCGUCCUGAUCAACGAGGACGGCCAAGUCGUCGACGGCCACGGCGGAAACAUGCAUUCCGUCAACCCGGCGGGCUAUGUCAUCCACAGCGCCAUUCACCGUGCUCGACCGGAUGUCGUGGCGGUGGUGCAUUGCCACAGCGUUCCGAGUAAGGCGUUUAGCAGUUUGGGGACAAUGUUGGAGCCGAUUAACCAGGAUGCUUGUCGAUUCUACAAAGACCAUGGCCUCGCCCCCUUCGGCGGCAUCGCUCUCGAGAAGCACGUCGAAGGCGAACAUAUCGCCGCCGCUCUCGGCUCAACGAAGGCUUGUAUCCUCCAGAACCACGGGCAUCUGACCGCGGCCAAGUCAGUCGACGCCGCUGUCUUCCUUUUCGGCGCUUUCGACCGCUGCAUUCAAGCACAACUGAUGGCGGAUGCGGCCGUUGCUGGACGAAAGGCGAGGGGCGAAACCACGGGUACGGAAACGAUCAAGGCGAGUGAGGAGGUCGCGAAUUAUACGAGGGAGAUCUAUAACGAUGAGAUGGCUUAUAUCAUGUUUCAAUCCGCUUUCGAGGAUGUCGUGAGAGCGAGUGGCGGGGAGCUAAGCAUGAGGGUCGAGGGAGAGAUUGCGCGAGUUUGA